AUGCGAAAGCACUGGCGCCAGGUCCAUCAAUGGUCCCAACAGACCCGCCGUGGCCGGGUUGGCCAGAGAGAGCGCACACAAGGGGCCGCUGAGCUCCGGCGUUCAUUCACCACCGUAGCAUGGCAGCAGAUCUUCCCAUCGGGCCCGGGGUCCCAUUACAUCCAUAUCCGCUUCCCAGAGGGCCACCCACCACCACCACUGCCCCCCGCGGACCAGGCCCAACGGGCCGUCGAUGCCAUCAUCACCGCAUGGGAUCAGGCUCGAACGGCCCAGGAACAACAGGCCGUCAUCCAGGCCGAUCGGAUCACCGAUGCUAACCCGUGGCUCCGCCGGACCGGGUGGGCACGAUACCUGGAAGGUGUGCACCCCCAGGACCUGCUCCGGCUGGUGGAAGCGCCCCCCGAGGAGCCCCCGGAUCCCAUUGAACAGGCCAUCCAGGCCAUUUGGAAUGCCAUGGGCCAGUUGGCCCGGCGGAGCCAGCAGACCGUGCAGCGGUGUGGAACCGGCAUUUGUAUGGAGGCGGCCCGGACCGAGGCCGGACAGACCCCAUACCGGCCGCUCCAGGCGUACAUGGAUGAAACCAGUGUCCAGAAGCAUGUGCAGGCGUGGCAGCAAGUGUUGGGCUUCAUUGCACGCACACAGGCCACCCAGGCCGGACAGGGCAUGCCGGAGUGGUGUGGUCCGCUGCCCGUGUAUGGGAUGACCGCGCGGCAGCAGCGGAAGUGGCAGAUGUUGUGGCAGCUUGCCAUGCCCACCAUGGCGAGGCCCCAACAGGCGCCCCAUCGAGCCCGGGCUCGGGCGGUCCAUAUGUUCCCCGGGGCCGGUCGGAUCCUAGAGCAGGGUGGGAACCCCGGCAGUUAUCGGGCCACAGAGGGGCGUGGGGUGAGCCCCGGAGAUCAGCCCACAGCCGGGCAUGGGGUGAGCCCCGAGCAUGUGGAAGAAGCAGAGGAGACUGGCAAUGCAGGCAGCACCGAGCCGGCAUGGAUGAUGAGCCCAAUGGAGCGUGCCUGCUUGGAGUUUUGCAUUGAGCUGCUCAACCAGCGCCACCGUGCCCAUGAAUAUGAAAGCCCCCUUGUGUGUGCCAUGGCGGUGCUCGGCUGGGGGGAGACUGGGUGGCGUGAUCCCGACAGUUACCCCCCAUUUUAUCGCGGAUGA